UGCGAUACGUUGUAACAGUUGUGGCGGCGGUCGUCGCUCGCGAUCGUACUCCGUUCCUCCGUCGUCAUCCUGUUUCACCGGGGGGGCACGCUUCUUGAAAUACCGCGCGCACAAUGGAGACACUAAUGCUCGGCAACACCGCCGCUGGCCAGUCGUACAGUCCGCAGUUGAAGACCGUCCUUAAGACCUAUCAGCUGUCAGCCAUCAAGAGCCUACAGGGUCCCAGCUCGGCCCUGCUGGGCAUGGACUGUAAGGCCCUGCUGCACGAGCAACAGUCGGCGACCUCGUGCUUCUCGCCGCCCGCUGUCAGUCGUCCGGCGGCGAAUUGCGGUCUGGAGUCGCCCGUGGAGUCGCAGCCGCCGAAGGACAUUGUCGAGAAGGAGAUCCGCGAGACGUCGGCGCGCACGUUGACGCCCGUCCCGAAGGCGCCCCGCUCGCUCGAGGACUCGGACGAGGAUCGUCCCGCGGCGGCGGCGGUGGACCGACCGAAGAUCGUGUGCGAGAAGCGCGAGCUCGAGUUUCAGAUACCGAUACUCACGGCGCCCGAUCAGAGCUGCUCCGAGAGGUGCGAGACGAUCCUCGAGGGCGAGAGGAUCUCGUGCUUCGUGGUGGGCGGCGAGAGGAGGUUGUGCCUGCCGCAGAUACUGAACACGGUGCUGCAGGACUUCUCCCUGCAGCAGAUCAACCAGGUGUGCGACGAGCUGCAGAUCUACUGCUCGCGCUGCACCCGGGAUCAGCUCGAGGAGCUCAAGCACUCCGGCAUCCUGCCGCGCAACGCGCCGUCCUGCGGUCUCAUCACCCAGACCGACGCCGAGAGGCUCGUCAGUGCUCUGCUGUUACGGACAGAAUCCUGCGAUCCUUCCCAGAUCGGCCCGGCGCAGGGCAGUUUCGAUAAGAAGGCGUGUAAGAACGAGGAGGAGGAGGAGACGGUUAUCAAGUUCAAAGUGUACCACGAAUGUUUCGGCAAGUGCAAGGGCAUCUUCGAUGCGAAGCUUUUCGAGACCGACGAUUCGGUGUGCAUCGAGUGUCUAGAGUGUGGCUACCAAUUUUCACCCCAACGCUUCGUGAGACACGCUCACCGAUCUCUGGAGAACCGCACCUGCCACUGGGGUUUCGAUUCCGCCAACUGGCGGUCGUAUCUUCUGCUCUCUCGUGAUCAACAGCACUACAACAAAUCGCUUAUACUUUUUCGGGAGCUGAAGGAGAGGCAUCUUGUGCUAAACUCCAAGCGAAAGCUAGAGCUGCGACACGAGCACGAGAGAUUGAUCAAACGCACAAAGAAGGACAUAGGGAGGGACGAUUGCGCUGGAAUCUACAAUGGCAAUGGAUUGGCAAUGUACCAUCCCCAAAUGACUGAGUCGUUUAACCUGCAGAUGCAAUGGGCGGUUCUCGAGCUUGCUACCAGGGGUGCAGCCUUUCAGCCUUGGAACGCUGCGGGCAAUUGUAAGCACAGAGACAGUUCGUCGUUGGUGCCUGCGUAUCUCAGUCGAGGUCCACCCGUGCUGCAACAUCCGGAGCGAGUCAUCCCGCUUUCGGAGUGCGAGCGUUUCGAGCCACAUUUCCAGCCUAAUGUGGCGCUCGCGCCUAUUCCGGCGCCCGCACAGAUAGGCCAGAUACCGCCGCCCUCGUCUGUUCAUCAGCAGCGACGGCAUCAUCACGAGCAUCGCCGUCACAAUCACCACCCCUCGAGUCCCACGUGCGAGAAGCAGGAGCUGCUGACGUCCGCCAGCGUGAAGGUGGAGAAGAUGUCGCCGAGUCAAGCGCCGGCCAUCGGCUCUUAUCCUCCCCUGUACUACGUGUCGGACGAAGAUCAGAAGGAGGCGGCGGUGCCAAAGGAGGACAAGAAAGAGGAGGGCGAGGAGGAGGAGGAGGAGAGCAGCGCGGCGGUGACGUCGUCCACCGUGAGCGUGGAACCUACGCCGCUGGCGACCUCCUCCGAGGUCGGCACCUCCUCGCCGUCGGAAAGCGACUCCGACACGGACGGCGCCGCGGCGGCGGAUCUCGAGGAGCGGCUGAGGGCGCUGGACGUGCCGCAGGACGUGAUGGAGCUGGCGCGUCGCGUGGCAUUGGAGAACGCGCAGCUGCGCCGUCAUCGGCGGUCGGACGCUCGCGAAAUCUCGAAGCUGCGCAGUCAGCUGCACAUGCAGAAAUUACAACAGCAGCAGCAGCAGUCCCCUGUCGUCGCCGAGGAGGAGAGUGAACAAGACAAGAAGAAGGAGGACGCGACGACGGCGACGGCGCCGCGCUCCAGCGCGGCCGACAGCACCGAGGGCGGCAACGAGGAGACCGACGCUGCUACGAGUUUACCGGCGAACAAUAAAGAGUCUGAGCCUGCCAGCGUGCUGGCAGCUAAUAACGAGUCGGAUCAGUGAUUAGGAUAACGCGGAAGUUAUUUAACACACACACACCCACAACUGCUCAGCGAUUACCGCGACGACGCUCAUCCGUUGGCCGAAUAAGCGUGCACUGAGUUUAUGUACGUUAGGUACAUAUACAUAAUAUAUAUUAUAUACAUAUACUUACGAUUCUAAACUAAACGAUAAACUGUCUAGGUUUAUGUGAUACGCGACAAGCCUUUAAACGUUAUCGCAGAUAAUUCGGCGUUUUUACUGGGUAAGUAAAACACGUGCUGCCCAACUCAAAACAUCGGGCUGGUGGAGUCCUCGCGCUUUCAUACUCGUGUUUCUCACGAAAAUUCGAAUCGACCGACCGACCACUGUCAGCGAAGAUUGCUUGCCUUCCAUGUUCGUCGAUGACGAUAGCUACGCGCAAUACUACGUCCACUUCCCGUUUGCAUUUUAUCCGUUCCGCGGAUAACGAGAAAAACGAUACACGUCCUUUUUGCGAGAUGAAUUUCGGCUUGACGAGUCUAUGGCGCCGCGAAGACAAACGUGUUGCUCCGUUGACACUUCGUCUCCCAGCCGUGGGGCGACGUGUAGCGGAAUUUCGAAAGAGUGAUACUCCCGGUGGGAGAUGUGGCAAACCGAUGCCACGAGUUGGGCAGCCACGUCAAGUAUACUUGUAUCGGUCGAUUUUUUUUUAUUUUUAUUUUUUAUUAAAAUCGAAUGUAGAUAUUGUAUUAUAUCGAAACAGGGGAGUAGAUUUAAUGGACUAUUACCGCGCCAAUAAAAACGAUUACAUUUAAUGGGUAUUACGAUGAGACAUUUCGUAUAUAUUAAAUAUAUACGAAGUGUAUGCGUGUGUGUGUGUGUGUGUGGAGCAAGAUUUUUACUGUAUAAUUUUGAUCCUGAAUAUAUGAGUAAGAAAGAGAGAAAGAAAGUAAGAAUGCAUGUGCGAGAGACAGAAAGCGAUUUCUAGUACGAAUGAAUUUAGAUUGCUUCCCAUUCACAUCUUGGUAGUCAGCAUAAUGUAAAUACAUUGUGGCAUCAUAGGUGUAUGUUUAUAAUUAAUUACAGUAUCAUGACGAAAUAAUUGCUAAAGUACAAAAAACCUAGGUGCUAUAUUGUUAUUCUAGGUAUGCUGUAAGCAUAAACCUGGGUGUGUUCCAGCAGCUCGUACUACAUUGUAAUGCCCAGAACGUUAUUCACACGUUCCAAAAAAAAAAAAAAGAAAAGCAACCGAAUCGCUACGACUAAAAUCUUGUGAUUAACGCGUAUAAGUGGGAUCUGCUUUUUUAUUCCACGAAAAAGCUCGGUCCAAGCCUAAUCACGUCAAUAAUAAGGUGGGGAGGAGAGAAAGAAUUUUGCGUUCUUGAAAUUUAUUUGGUACAUACAGUAGGACCAUAAUUCGAAUCAAUUUUUGUUGAUAAUAACGUAUUCGAUUGUUUUCAAAUUUUCAAUCGUUUACGUGAUUAUCGAGUCAUUUAGUUUAUUGGUCAUAAGAUUUAUACUUAAAUAGACCGCUUAAAACAGAUCGUCGACGAUCGUAUGUUGUUUUCUUUUUUUUCUCUAAAGUUCUAAAUCUCUUAAAAAAUGUAUAUGUUUCUUUUUCGGAAUCGCGGCUAAAAGCGUAACGAGAAAUUUAUUGAUCGCAUCGUACGUGUGGACACGUACUGUAUAUGAUUUCUGUUGACUGCAAAGUUUUGUUAUUAAUAUAUGAUAUUUUUACGUAGAUUCGCAGCUGAGGAACCCACAUCUUUAAUAUAUAUAUAAAUAUAUAUUUAUAUUUAUUUUGUACAUACACAUUAUUUUGUUGAGACAUAUCAUUUUAGUUAUAUCUAAUAUAUAUAUUUAUAUAUAUAUAUAUGUGUGUGAAAUGGUCCUACUGUGAGAGUGAGAGGAAGAGAGGGAGAACGGGAGAUGUGCAAAAAAUGUUGGCCGUGCUGAGAUAGCGUUUCCAGUUUUGUCAACAUCGAAAAAUUUACCUAAAGAGAGAACGUCUUAACGCGGAGAGAAGGAAGACGGUAUCAGCUGCGGCCGCGAUUUUUGUGCAUCUCCCGAGAGUUUAGCAGAGACCGAGUGUUAAAUUAUGUUGGAUAUACAAUUCGUCUUAUAUUACGGACUUUUCAUUUUCAUACAGAUUCGCGAGUUGAUUGUUGGGAUACAGAAAAAAAGAAAGAAAGAAAGAAAGCACAGAUUAUUUUUCCUGCAUGAGAAUACUCCAUAUAAUACGAGAAUGUCCGUGUAUCAAAUUAUAUUAUACUCCACAAUAUAAAGGGAGAAAUAGAUUUUUUUAAUAUAUUCGUACGAAGUAAAUAUAUAUAUUGAAGCAUGAACAAGCAAGAUAUUAUGCACGUGUAAAAGAGGAUGUAGAUACAGAAAAGAAAUACAUAUAUACGAGAGACAUAUUAUAUACGCAAAAGAGGGUAAGUUUUAUUACGGACUCUGUUGUCACUUAUUACACAUACAAUCGAGAGAAAUGCGUGAUAGAAAUGUUUGCCUUUUGCCCCGCCUCUCCCCAUUAUUUUUGUUUUUUUUUCUUUCACUGUAACACGCUAUACUUUUUAUUUUCGCCGUUCUUUUCUACGCCACGAGGUGUACGGAGUUCCCAGUGACACGAUAAAACAAUCUUUGCUUUAAAUUAGACACUCGAAUGUAUUUGUAAAAGCGGCGCGGCACGGCGCGAACGAGCGAGCGAUCGACGAAGAUAAACUCUCUUUGUUAAAGUUUCAAAGAUGCUCAUCGUAGAGAAAUGCAAACGGAGCCGGUUUGUUAACGUUGGUUUCGGACUGAUUAAAGUAAGACGGCACAUCAAAGGGGAUUUCCGAAGAAAUUUAUCCUCGCAUUUUCCUCCCCCGUUCGUUUUCGUUUGUCGUUCGUUCGCUCGGUCUUACAUACCGGCCCACCUUCGAAGGUGUAAUCUUGAUUUUGUAUCGACUGAAAUUUCUUUCCGAAAUUGUACCUGCGUUUACGUGCGGCCCAAGUGCAGAAUAGAUAACUGAGAAAACUGACACUGCUGGGGGAUUGUAUAAUGGGGCACGUUUGUGCAAACACAACGCGCGUCCCCCGCACGCGGUUAGCGAUAUGAUAGUUACGACAACGUAAACCGUGUACACUUGCAUUAUAUUUCCAUUGUGUAGCAAAACAUGAUGAUUAUUAAAUACAUGAUUGUGUAUCGAAAAUAUACACGCGUAUAUACAUACAUAUGCCGAGAACUGCUCCGGAGAUCUCUUAUCGUACACACACACACACACACACAUACACACUUUUCUCUUUAUCUCUUUUCUCUUGUUUUUAAAACACACAGCUACAGUGCCAGUAUAAUUCUUACGCCGGGAAAGAAAAGGGGGAAAAAAUGCAGGGAAGAAAUUGACGUUUCCACGCUCGUAGAAAAAAAGAGGGGGGAAAAAAAAGAGAAGUGCACUCACAUCGUGGGUACUCGAUUCCGGUGUAUUUGGACGGAGUAAAUGUUAGAAUUUCAAAGCAAUCUGUUUUAAUAUAAAGCUGAACGAUGUAUGAGGUAAAUCUACGAUGUAGAAUAUAGCAUAACAUUCAUUAUAAUAUACAUAUAUAAAUAUAUGCCCUAUGUAACAUUCGGUCAAUAAUACAUAAGAUACGUUACAUUGUGUGUAAUGUUACAGUAAGGUAAGCAUCUCCCACCUAAGGUAUAAAAAGAAUGUAAUAAUCUAUGUUUUUCAUACACACGUAUACAUAACAUACACACAACUCAGUUUAUCGUAAAGUUACCUAAGACGAGUAAAGAGAAGAGUAAAGGAGUAAUUCGUAAUUACCUAAAAUAAUUAUAUAAUACAGCUCGGUUUCGAAUAACGUUUCAAGUCGGUGUGUAAACAAUAAGAGAGGAAGAAGAAGACGAAUUUUUUUCUCGGUUUCGACGAAUCCGUGUAAAACUGCCAAAACUUAAAGAAAUGUAUUUCACUCUUUCGCAGGGACGAUGUAAUUUGAUUUUUCUCGACG